UACAGUACCACUCCAAUCGCUGCUUACCCUCGGGGUAAAUCAGAGCGCUUCACAUAACUUGUUAUUGUGAGAAAGUAUCAACAUCUCGCGGGCGUUGAAUUCACAGGAAUGCCACGUCUCUUACAGCUGACGUCAGGAGUGGACACUAAGAGGAAGAAAAGCCGGUGAGCUGCAAAAGUCGUGUGCAGAAAUUAGGAGGCAGGUUACAAGAUGACUGCGCACAGUCGAAGGAAGAAUCUGCUUGGCCUUUGUACUGGGGUUGUAGUUGUCGUGACCUGUGCCUUUGUGAUAGAGACAGUAUUUGGCCAUGGUGAUCAUGGUCAUUCACAUGAUUUACAUGGACACUCUCAUGGUGGUCAUAAUGGGCACACACAUGGACACUCCCAUGAGGACCAUCAUGGGCAUUUGCACGGACAUGGGCACUCUCAUGAAGACCAUCAUGGGCACUCUCAUGAGGAACAUCAUGGGCAUUUGCACGGACAUGGGCACUCUCAUGAGGACCAUCAUGGGCAUUUGCACGGACAUGGGCACUCUCAUGAGGACCAUCAUGGGCACUUGCAUGGACAUGGGCACCCUCAUGAGGACCAUCAUGGGCACUCUCACGAGGAUCAUCACGGGCAUGUUCAUGGACACUCACAUGCAGGAAGUCAAGAUUUGCCACCAACUCUUAGCCAAUUUGUAAAACAGCAGGCAGAGAUGGAAAGACACAGACAAGCAGCAAAGGAAAUGAACAAGGAAAUAAAGGAAGAGGCUAUACAGCAAAAAAUAAAGGCAGAGAGUCUGCAGGCGGUGAAGGAGAAGAAACUGGAACCCAUUGAGUUAUGGGCAUAUGCUAUUGGAGCGACCUUGUUGAUUAGCGCCGCUCCAUUCCUCAUCCUCUUCCUGAUCCCUGUGGAGUCCAAUACCUCACAGCACCAGUCUCUCUUGAAGGUGCUGCUCAGCUUUGCCUCAGGGGGGCUCCUGGGGGAUGCCUUCCUUCACCUCAUCCCACAUGCACUUGCGCCUCAUUCUUUGCAUUCUAACGAAGACCAACAGCACUUGCCUGAGACAUCACAUGGCCACUCCCAUGAUCAUGGCCACUCUCAUGGAGGCCACGGGCACUCCCAGAUGAUGUGCGUAGGCAUGUGGGUUCUUGCUGGCAUAGUGGCUUUCCUGGUGGUGGAGAAGUUUGUCAGACAUGUGAAAGGCAGCCAUGGUCAUGGACACGGCCACUCCCAUGGUCCAGCUCAUAAAGAGGGAUCCACUGAAGAAGAGGAGGAUAAUACAGAGAAAAAUGAAAAGGAAGGAUUAAGGCAUCGAAAGAAGUACUCUGAGAAACCAAAAAAAGUUGCCUCUGUUGAAGAGAAGUGCCCAGAUUCUGAGAUGAAAGUUUCUGGCUAUCUUAAUCUGGCAGCAGAUUUUACGCACAACUUUACUGAUGGACUGGCAAUAGGUGCUUCCUUCCUUGUAAACACUAAUGUUGGAAUCAUCACCACAGUUACCAUUCUGCUGCAUGAGGUGCCACAUGAAAUUGGAGACUUUGCCAUCUUGGUACAGUCUGGCUGCACCAAACGAAAGGCUAUGAUGCUGCAACUGACUACAGCGGUUGGUGCUUUAGCUGGCGCUGCCUGCUCCUUGCUGGCUGAGGGUAUUGGUGAUGCAGCCACAGCCUGGAUCCUCCCUUUCACUGCUGGUGGCUUCAUCUACAUCGCCACAGUGUCUGUCAUUCCAGAGUUGCUAGAAGACUCAAAGCCCUUCCAGUCCUUUCUGGAAAUUCUCAGUCUUGUUUUUGGGCUUAUUAUGAUGGUCAUUAUUGCAGAAUAUGAGUAGAAGUGUAAGUGAGUUUACUGAUAGUACAGUAGUUCUUGGAUUCCAUUUAACACUGUAAAAUGGAAAUGCCCGGUGUUCCCUAACUACACAUUUUUUGUCUUUUUUUUUUUUUUUUGGAGGAGCAUCUGGCUUGCCUUCCCCAGUGAAGAUUUUUUAGGGCUGGUAUCCUGAGCCUGUGAUAUGUCUCGAAAUUUUUUCCUUUACAUUCCUAAGUUAGCAUUUUUUUGGCAUUUCAGUGGAUACUGAAAAUAGGCAGCUUUGAAUAGAUGGCUUUAUUUAACUUGCUGAGAUAGGGAGGUGCUGCCUGUACGAUGUUGUGAUAUUACUUUGAUUUAGUGUAUAUCAGAACAAGUAUGUACAGUAGAGAUGAACUUGUAAGUAGAGGAAAGGCCUUGAAAGGGGCCAUGCUCUUAUGUUAGAUAUUUAAUAGUAUUCUUGCUUAAAACCUCACUCUGACCAUUAGGCAGACAGUGUUUCACAUACUCCCACAUCUGACACCGUACAACAUGAAAUCUGUGUGACAUCAAGCAAGUCCACUGUCUUUAAUAAAUGUUUCUCCAGAAGAGGGAAAAUACAUGUUUAUAACAAAUGAACACUUGCACACGCAGUUCUGUUUUAUCAGUUCUUUAUAACUGGACUCUUUGAGGCUGUUGAAAUGGGAGUAUCUGCUUUUGAUUGUUUACUUUUGAGACAGAGACAGAAGUAACAGAACUUCUUAGAGAGGAUCAUGUUGCUUUUAUCAACCUCUUUGGUUCUGUUAAGAUUGGGCUGCCAGAGAAAGAGACUUACAACAGUAGGUGUUAACAGUAAAUUUUACUGGAGAAGAUCUUACCAGUGUAUCUGUUGGGUUUUAUGGCAAAAGCCAUGGAAGGAGCCCCUGGGUUAUUUGACUGGCAAGCACACAGACCAGUAGGGACAGUUGAAAGUUUUCAGGUGGUAUUGACUCCUCUAUUGUCUAGUCUCACAUGCAAACACAGUCUCUUAAACUCAUAAGAAGAGCUGUACCUUGUUGCAGAAGUUUGGUGAAAGCUGAUACUAUUACCAGAGUUUAGUGUUGGGGACAAAUCGCACAUGGGUAACUGCUCUUUGUCUGCUGUUGAGACACUACAGUGGCUGGCUAUUCUCACGCACAGCCUAUCAGCAUAUGACCCAUCAAUGAGAGAAGCUGUUAGUAGCUCUUGAAUAUAUUUGAGUGCACCACUUACACCGCUGCUGCUGCUGACAGACGUCCUGACAAGCAUAAUUUCCUUUGAUGUUUGAACUGGACUUCGGAUUUCUGGACAAGAAAGCCAGAUAAAGCCUUUUUUCCUUGCAAUAUUACUUAGUGUAGUCUGUUUUUAUCUACUGCGCUGUUUGAGACAGCUGUGGCUGCCUGGGUGUAGAUGUCAGAUUAUUCUGUCAAGGUUCUUGCAGGCCCAGCUAUGUCACCACUAUCAGGAUAUUGCUGAACACUGGGAAGAAACUACAUAUAUAUAUAUAUAUAUAUAUAUAUAUAUAUAUAUAUAUAUAUAUAUAUAUAUAUAUAUAUAUAUAUAUGUGUGUGUGUGUUUGUUUUUUUUAUAACAUGGCCACUACAGAUGUCAUUUAAGUAGCAUUAAGAAUAUAUUUUAAUGAUAAUCUGCUACCUAAUUGGCAUUCCAUCCAUUUUUCUACUUUAUGUUCAUUUUAAAUUGUAGCUUUUAUUUACUUUGUUUUGUCUUAGUUGUAGGUGGAAGUGAUAUGGACAAGUAAUAAUGAAAAUUAAUUGUGACCUCUCCUUUGGUGGUUGUGCAUUUAUAUCCCAGCACCAGGCUACUCGGUACAUGCUUCCUGUAGUUUAUGGAAUGUAGCGUUAGCACUAUAGGGCAUGCAGUGCCUUUUAGCUUGGAUGCAUUGCUUUCAAAUUUUAGUUUAAUUAUAGUGCCCAACCUCCUGCACAGGUGACGGCUUUUGUAUUUUUAUUUUUCCUUUUAUUUCAUAGGCAGAGUAGCACAAAGUUGAGAGUAUCACACUUUUUAAAGGUUCCCCUUGGUUUAAAUGAAUCUGAAGGUAAAAUAGGUAUAAAAUAUUUUAUACCUGAAUAAAUUGUAUGUAUUUUGAGAAAAAAAUGAAAUGUAUUGUAUGACUCGUGUAUGUGCAGCAAAUAAAAACUGCAUGAAACCACAGAUAAAGAUGUGAAGAAGCCACUGAUAACUGUCUGUUGGGAUGGAUAAAAGACAUUUUUUUGGCAACAGUUAUUUCUCAGCAGUGGCAAUAUGUGGUGGGUAGGCCACAUGUUCCUUUGACCUGCAUUUGUUACCAUGUAUGCUAGCAAAUUAAGCGUGAUUUAGUAAAGAGAAUUUUAUAUACUGGAGGGAGGUGAAUGUACAAGGUCCUGGUGAGAGAAGCAAAUAAAAAUAUAAAGCCACA